AUGUUCAGAAAGGUUAGAAGAAGAACAGAUGGUCGAAGAAACUUUGACUCAAAUCCCAGCAAAGGCUUUACUGAUGAUUUGAGUCGAUAUCCGCGUCGACUAACAUUCUAUCGUAUGCCACCGUUGGAGGAAAUCACUUUAGAGGAGUUUGAAACUUGGGCUAUUGACAGGCUCAAAGUGUUGCUUGAAAUUGAAUCGUGUCAAAGCCGUGGCAAGAAGUUUAAGGAGACGAGCUCCAUUGUGACGCCGAUCUUGAGCAAGCUAUUACCAUUGAAUCCACCGAGUAAAGAGUCUUCCUCGUUGUAUCAGGAAAGGAAGAAAGACCACUAUUCUCACUUUAUUUUGAGACUAGCAUUUUGUCGGUCAGAUGAGUUACGUCGCAGAUUUGUCAAGGCUGAAACUGCACUAUUCAAAAUUCGAUACCAACAGCUCGGUCUGCAAGAGCAGAGAGAAUUCGUGGAUAGCAUCGACUUACCAUGGGAGGAAGUCAGUGAAGGAGAAAGAGAGCAGUUCAGAGAUCAGCUUUUAAGUUGCUCAUAUAAUGCUAUUAGAUCUACUCUCAUGCAAACAGUGGAUUACCAAAGAACCCAGCAUGUGACGGAUCAACAGAUUUCGGCUUAUCUGGAUACUGUAAAGUUUUAUAGGCUUCCCUUUGAAUACGUGCCCGAGUUGGUUUCUACUCGUCAGUCAUUUCUACAUUUGGGAUACGCUUAUGUGGGAGAGUUUCAGCGAUUGUCGUUGAUAGCCACCGAGUUCUCGAACUUCCUUAUGGAGCAGUUACAAGCAACAAUGAAGGCUUUACCAACUUUGGAUGAAGACGAUCGUCUUGUCCCCGUUUUAAACAACCUUUCCAAGGGAUAUGUGGCUAUUGAUUACAAGUUGAAUGGGUAUGGAGUAGGAGAAGGAGAUGGUAGUGAUAGCAAUGACAUGAUUAAUGCUGGUAACGUGGGCCAAUUCGUACAAGAUUUUCCUCUAUGCAUGCAGAUAUUGAUGGAAGGAGUUCAACAGAACCACCAUUUACGAUACAGCGGUCGUCAGCAAUUAUCGCUCUUCCUGAAGGGUAUUGGGCUGAAUGCAGAGGAGGCACUGAAAUUCUGGCAGCAACAAUUCACUGCCAUGGGACCGGGAUCUAUGAGUGUAGAAAAAUUCAACAAGGAUUAUAGAUACAGUUUCCGUCACAACUAUGGAUUGGAAGGUGGUCACAUCCACUAUAAGCCCUGGGAUUGUCGAACAAUUAUAUCCAAACCGGGACCUACGAAAAAUGAGUAUCACGGAUGCCCCUACAGAGAUCUACAUCGGGAUGAGUUGAGCACGCGAUUACAACAGCUCGGAUUAGAAGACGAUACACGACUAGGAGAGGUUCUUGAACUAAGCGAGAGAGGAGAGUACCAGACAGCCUGUACUAAAGUGUUCGAACUUGUUAACAGAGAACGUAUAGACAGCUGCCUCAAGCAGGGAGUCAAAGUGGAUGAGAGCUCUAUAGUACAUCCUAACCAGUACUUUGAUCGGAAUCGGUACCUUGACGAGCAUACAGAGCCAACCAAAACUAAGUAA